UGCACUUGCAAAUUUCAUUAACCACUAUGCCCUAGAUUGCCAUGUCAUACUAUAAACCAAGUCCAAACAAACGACAUGUCAUGCUAAAUGCCAAGUCCACAUACAUGAACCAUGUAAACGUGGCGCUAACUGAAUGCUGACUGGUACGGUGCAAAACAACUCGGGUGCAGAACUAUUCUAUACUAACGCGUGAUGUGUACAGCGCCGAUAGACUAAUUCAAACGGGCCACGUGAUAACGAACAAGGUGCAUGUAUAAAUAGGUGGAACCAGCCAUUGACGCUAAACCAUCCCAAUCAUCUCAUCUACUUCAUCGCAGCAACAGCAGAGCAAAGCAAUCUUUCUCGACAAUGGCCAAAAUCCAGCCCAUUUCUUCUUCUCCCUGCUCCACCUCUUUCUCCGGUGAACAGGAGGGCAGGCAGGCGUACACGGUGUGGAUGAAGUCGCUGCUGUUCAACGGCAAUGGUUGCGCGGUGUACGGCCCCGACGGCGUCGUCGCCUUCCGCGUCGACAACUACGGCUGCAGGGGCGGCCGCGAGGCCCUCCUCAUGGACCGUGAGGGGAACGCACUCAUCAGGAUCAGACGCAAGGGCUUCGGGACGUUCACGAGGUGGGAGGUCUGCCGGUGCGCGCAGGACGGCGGCGAGGAGGAGGCGACGCCAUGGUUCACCGUGCGGCGGGCUGAGAAGGGCGGGGCGGCCGUCGCGAUGAACGGCGGCGCGGGGACGUGUUACAGGGUCGACGGAAGCUGCGCGCGCAAGCCGGCGUACAGAGUUCGCGGCGUGGAUGGCUCCGUUGUGGCGGAGGUGGUACGGAAGCAGACGGCGGCGGGGGUGGAGCUGGGGGAGGACGUGCUGACGCUGACGGUGGCGCCCGAGGCGGAUCACCUGCUCGUCUUGGGUUUGGUCGUCGUGCGUGGUCUCAUCAACCGCUCCUUGUGAUGGAUGAAACGGCAAUCCUCUUCUUCUCGUUCAAUUCUCUCCAGGUGAUCGAUGCUUGGAACCGGUGGUGACUCUGACUCUCCUAGAGAUUUUGGCGAACAUACUGAAGUUUCUACUAGUUAGUUUGAGAGCUUUUUGCACGUGAAACAUCUAGAAACUCUUCAAAGCAUGAAACACAGUGGUUCAGCACUUUAUCAUUUCAAAGGCCAACGUUAAAAUUCAAAAAAUA